CUGGUCGGAAGUGAGACGGCAACAUGGCUGAAAGCUGAAAGAUGAAGAUGGAAAAAAAUUAUCAAACCCGAGAUGGAUGAGGAUGCACUAAAUGAACUGUUGGAAUGUUCCGUGUGUCUUGAUCGGCUAGACACAACAAGCAAAGUCCUGCCAUGUCAGCACACAUUCUGUAAACGAUGUCUUGACGAAAUCAUCAGCACGAAAAGUGAAUUACGCUGUCCGGAAUGUCGUGCUCUGGUGGAGAUCCCGGUGGACGAAUUGCCGUCCAACAUUUUGCUGAUGCGGCUUUUGGAGGGUAUCCAUCAGAAGUCCCUUGGAAUAGGAGGAAGUUCCAACACGAGUCCGAUGACAGUCCUGGCAGGUUUGAUGGCUUCAAAGCCUAUUGGUUCUCUUGGAACAAGCGGAAGCUCUUCAACAAAAUCCUUUCAGAAGAUUGGUGGUCCGGCUCGGCAACCGUGUGCCAAAGCAGUUUAUAAUUAUGAUGGAACUGACCCUGGAGAUCUAUCAUUCAAGAAAAAUGAUUUGAUAAAUCUUCAGAAGCAAGUUGAUGACAAUUGGUUGCAUGGUGAACUGAAUGGCCAGCUGGGCUUUUUCCCUGCAAGUUAUGUCCAGAUUCUGACUCCACUACCUGAUAACAACCCCAAGUGCAAGGCACUCUAUAAUUUUCAAAUUGAUGACAAGAGUGAGAAAGGAUGUCUGACAUUUCAUAAGGAUGAGGUUCUGACAGUUAUUCGGAGGGUUGACGAUAACUGGGCCGAGGGGAGAUUGGGCGAUAAGAUCGGGAUAUUUCCGAUUGCCUUUGUCGAGAUGAAUGAUGCGGGUAAAGAUCUGAUGUCAAAACUAUCCCUAAAUAUAAUAAAUGCAGACAAUCGUGGCUCGGCCAAUCAGGAUCAAAGUAGUACUGACCCAGGUGGAGGACUGGGUGAUUCGCAGACGUCAUCAACGGGUGGUGGCCAGAAUGCACCAGGUGGGAGUGGAGAUGCCCCUCUUCAGGCCACUCCACCCUUAUUUGCCCACAAAAGGCAUUCUUUAACGAUACCAUCGUCGCCAACAGUAGCAGUUCAGCCGAAUCGCUACUCGGCAGAGUUGAUAUCAUCGUUUACAGCGCCACCUGUUCCGACGCCUGCGUCUGCCACUGUUAUGACAUCAUCCCCUGCUGUAUCGGUCACAUCUGCUACCACGGUGCCAAAGGCUGUCAGUCAAAGUUCACAGAUUCCUCUAAACCCACCGAGUGUGCGAGGCACAGCCCCAACAACCCCAACCACGCCCAGUGGCCACACCUUGGGUCCUCCACCAUCAACACCGCCUCCACCACCACCACCGCUCUUUGUGGCUCUUUACAAUUAUAAACCUAUCAAGGAGGAUGAAAUCCAGCUGAUCAAGGGCGAUUAUUAUACUGUGACGGAGAAGUGUCAAGAUGGAUGGUUUAAAGGCGCAUGCCUCAAGUCUGGGAAAAUUGGUGUUUUCCCCGGAAAUUAUGUCCAGUUGGUCAGGCACAAACAGAACUUGCUGACAACACCUGUCACACCGACCACGCCGUCUUCAGGCCAUCACCAACCGCCACCACAACGCUCGCCAGGGUCCUCACACAUGCCUGAUAAUACUCGUAGUCAUGCCCUAUCAGCAUCGACUCAUACAACUAUGGUGCUAACACGUCCGGCCGUAUCGCCGAGCCAAUCGGGUUUAAGUGCAAGCCUAGACUAUCAGGUUAAUAUGGGGACACGUGCUCCAGCAAUUUUGCCUCGUAAAGCUGCUUCACGGUCUGCUACCACUCCUACAACCGGUCCGCCACCAAUUAGCCAGCCUCCUCCAAUCAUACCAAGGAAUGCAUCAUCACAGGGUACAAACUUACACGUAGAGCUGCCUGCUCGGCCACAGAUAUUGCCUAAUGAACAAAGGAGUAAAAGACGAAAUAGCGCACCACCAGAGCGUGUAUCACCUCGACCUGCGUGUCCAUUACCAGCUGGCGUUGUGGAGUCGUCUUCUUCUCGGCAACAAUCACCAAGAUCUUCUGGCUCUCCUGCUUCAGACACUGUAGUGCCUACUAGGAGUGUUGUUUAUAAUCGUCCUCUGCCUGCCACGCCUACAUCCAGUUGUUCUCGGCACGGUGCAGUUACAUCACAUUCCAUGUCAGCAGGGACGACCAACCCUCCGCCUAAUGUGGUGGCGGGAGCUUCUUAUAUGAUCGGUAGCAGUAAAGAUAAGAUUUUCUCAUUUCAGAGGGACAAGAAGGAAAAGGAGAAGUCGUCAGGUUUUAUGAAACGUUUUACAGGCUCUGGCAAGAGUAAAGUUGUAAAGGGAAAGACACCCCCACCGCCACCUCCACCAGCUAAAGUCUUCCACCAACACGCAUCACAGCUCCCCUCAGAUGGAUUCAGCCAUUCAAAAUCAACAGCCUUGACAGCUGAGGAACAAAGAGCUACUGUACCACCUGUGGUCCAUAGAAAAAGCAGUUCAGUUGAUGCAAGCGCUACCUCGAGUCAGUCAGUCCCGAAGAAGCCAAAGCCUUUGCUCAAAGAAAGGUAUCGCUGCAUUGUGCCAUAUCCACCACAGACUCAGGCCGAAUUAGAACUAAAGGUCGGCGACAUCAUCCACGUCCACAAGAAACGGGAAGACGGCUGGUACAAAGGUUUAUUGGAAAGGAACGGAGCUGUUGGAUUAUUUCCAGGGAGUUUUGUCGAGAAGCAUUAGUGAGAUGGUAUCGGAUAAGAGCAAGGCGAUUCCUCCAGGAAAAAUGAGAAUUGUCCCCCUGAAAAAAAUAGUGUUCUAAAUCUAAUGCUGCUGCUGGAGUAGGAUGGGAGAAUUACAGCCUGUGUAGUUACAGCUUCCCAGCCAACUAAUCAUCAUUCUUAUCUUUGUUUUAAUACACUAGGGUUUAUCAGUAGUGAGAAAUGGCUUACUGUUUCAUUUUUACCUGAAUAUACUGUAGAACAGGAUGAUUUCGAGUGCAGAAAAGUUUUGCAACUUUUGCAAAAAUAUUGUGACAAUCACUCAUAUUUCCUGGGAGUAUUCAAUGAAAUAUCAGAAAUAUAUAUUUUUUACAAUAUGAAAUAUCAAUCAAUCAGUCAAAUAUGGCAUUUUUAAAGCGCCCAAAUUUGGUGAAAAAUUUCACCAACUCCCAGGCGCCUUUGAAAUACACUCGAAAAAGGUGUACUUUUAGCAUUGUUCCAAAAGCUGCCUUUGACUCCGCAAGUCUAAUGUGUGUGGGCAGCCCAUUCCAUAGGAGUGGCGCCGCCUUGUAGAAGGAUCUGUCACCAAAACGUAUGCGCUUGGUGCGUGGCUCCUGUAGAAGGAAAGCGGCAUCAGCCCUGAGGGAAUAGGGUUACCCACAUCGGCGCUGUACCAUAUCAGUCAGGUAAGCCGGUGCCGCUCCAUGGACUGCCUUGUAGGUGAGCAAGAGUAUCUUAAACUCAACCCUUGCCUUGACAGGCAGCCAAUGGAGCCGCAUCAGAACCGGACUGAUACGGUCAAACUUGGGAAUCAAGCAUGUAACCCUGGCUGCAGCAUUUCGAACACGCUGCAACCUGCCAUACUGCUGUUCCGUGAUGCCGUAGAGGAGAGCAUUGCAGUAGUCCAGGUGAGAUGUAACAAACGCAUGGACCAGCGUUUUGGUGGUGCCGACAGUCAGAAACCCGCGAAUCUGACGAAUCUUGUAGAGGCCAAAGAAAGCUCUAGAGCAGACUUUACUGACAUGAGUUUGUGUCUGUACUCAUUCUAUUAUGUCUGAUAGAAUCCCUUGCAGUUUCAUACCUCACAUUCUGAGUUGUUUAUCGUAAACAAGUAUUCUCAAUUGUAUCUCAGUUGUAAAAUAUACUUCCAGGGAAUUCUUCUGUUUUACAGUAUGUGGUGAGCCUAAUCAAGCCAAUGUCGUAUUGUACUACAUGUAUACCCAAGAAUACGGUGGUAUAAAAUGUAAAGAUUACUAUCUAAAGGGCCCUGGUUUGAAAAUCAAGCAGGUAGUGCACUUAUUAAUUUCUUGGAAUAUACCUAGAGCAGAAUUCACAUUAUAUGCAUUGAUCUAAAAGCCAUUUAAAAAAAUUGAGUGCAAUUGAUAGGAGGUUGAGAUCAGGGACUUCUGACAGAUCCUUAUACGGCAUUGCAGCAUACGGAUAGAAAUGUACACAAAAUUUGUCCUCUUUCAACAGAGUUUUAUAUGUAUAUGUACAAGGAUCCUUGAUAAGCCGCUUUCUCGACCUCCCUAUCAUCAUCGUUCACACAAGGCAGUUGGAUGAGUUAGAAAAUUUUUGGACCAAUGGUUUUUACAAAAAUUUUUUGAAUAUCAAGGUAUGAAUGUUGGAACUUUUUUCAGCAUUACUUGAAAGACCUCUUAUUGUGAUCAAUAUUAUCAUUAACUACUCUACUUCUUUAUAGUUGGUUGUGGCAGUUGUGGGAGUGUGCGCAGUUACAGGAGGAAGAGUGUUCGUUUAUGAAAAUUGAUGCAAUGUCCAUUGAUAUUAACUUAUAAAUUAAGAAUCAACUGUGCGGGAACGGAAAUGAAAGGGUGCGGUGGGACAUCAUCAAUGGUUUCCUUUCUCAUUUUUACUCUGUGACGUGUGCGCAAUCUCGUGAUUGACUGGUCCUCGUCAGCACUGUCGGGGUCUAGUGUACUGUACCUUGAAGAUGUUGAGAGCCCUGUGGUUGCGUGCAUGAACAGUGAUGUACAGUAGAACCUCUCUAUUAAGGACACGCUUGGGACAGACAAGUGCUGUCCUUAAUAGAGAGGUGUCCUGAUUAGAGAGGUCAAAGUGAAUGGAAACAACCAAUUUGGGACUAAAACUAGUGUCCUUAAUAGAGAGGUUUUCCUCAAUAGAGAGGUUGUCCUCAAUAGAGAGGUUGUCCUCAAUAGAGAGAUGUCCACUAAGAGAGGUUCUACUGUACUGACAUUUAGCAGCCCACUUUCAUUGCAGAACCACACAGCGGUUAGGCCUUUGAGUCACUCGUGUUCCUUGCAACUGAUUCCUAAGCAUACUCUAUGCAGCCAUGCAUCGCAUCCUACACACUGUAGCGCAUUUGCUGACCAGUUAACGUUGUCGGUACAGAUAUUACAAGGGUAGGACGUCUCUUCUAGGACCUAAAUGGUUCAGUUUGGGUAUUUCGUUGUUCCUUACAUGUAUGAAUCUCAGGAUGUAUGUUUUCUUAUUGGGAGAAUUUCUUAUUUACUACAGGGUGUUGAUUAAUGGUGUUUCUAGUUUCAAAGUUGAAUAACUGUUAUGCUUCUUUUAAAAAUCCAUUUCUUGCCAUGAAAAAUCAAAAAUCACAGUGAUACAAUUUUGUGUGGUAAUUUACUGGGCAAAACCUCAUUUUCAUUCAUCCACAGCCGAGCUAUUCGAGAAGGAGAUGCCUGAACUGAUGGAAGUCUGAUUUUCAUUACUGAUUGGGGAAUUUGGAGAUGUUGGGUAAGGUAUUGCUUAAUUAGUUGCGAGCUGGUGAUUCUGAGGACAAUAAUCAAAAUCUAUUAAACAUGACACAUGCAUGAAAAUGACAAAAGAGUUAAAUAGUUCUAUCAUUACUGCUCUUUAGUCUUACUUCAUAUGAUGAUGAAAAUCUUGUUAUUGCCUCCCUCUCUCAGCCUGAGUAUUUCAGCAGCCUGUCUCAGUGGUAACCAUUUGAAUGAAGCAAGACUAAUUAUAUUUAAGAUAGAUAUUAUCGCUUCUGGUUGACAAUAAAAUUAACUAACAUUGCAAAAAUUAUUUUCCGUAAAGAUUGUUAAUAAAACAAUUAUUCAAACUUCAAACUAGCAAGCCAGCUAAAAUUAACACCCUGUACCCAAGCUGGAGAAUCAAUUCCCCAGACUUCUGAGAAUCGGGCAGGCCUUCUGACUUCCUGAGCUAGCCUGUACUAGUAAUGGAGAAAGUUGUUUCAAUACUGCAGGUUUGUCCUGUGAAUAGCAAACAAAUUGCAAACCAUUUGCGAAGAGAUAUUUGUGUGUACUACCAAUGAACUGGGUGGUUGAUUUACCUCAAAAUUUGAUGAGAUGAUAUCCAAGUGUUUUAGUUUCCAGAUGGAUGCAUGUUCUAUAUUAGGCAGGUUUUGUACGCCUUUGUCAACAAUUACGAUUUGACGACAUCCUGAUGCAAAAUCGGGUGCCGACGGAGGACUUGACGCAAUGAUGUUUUCGUCUAACGUGAGGCUUCCUGCACGGCUGAAAAUCCUGUUGAUCUGUCACUCAAAUUUACCAGUGCUAAAACACAUAUGCGCCGUGCACUCCUCUUGAAAUUAUAAAACCUUAUAGGUAAUAUACACAUAUGAGAGUGUCUAAAAUUCCAAUUGAAUCUAUUGAUCUCAAGUUUUUAGGCUGGUCUUUUACAAGUGAUUUACGCAUUAAAAAAUACCGCAGAGGCGCUUAGGAAAUGGUAAUCGUUAACUUCGAAACCUCACUAUUUUGGUAAUGCAGAUAUUUUCCCAGGCAUAUUCCAGGCACCACUGCUCGGUUAGUCUGAGGGGCUUGCUCGCAAGCUGGGCAAUUGAUUUUCCAGGGUGAUACCUGUGCAAUAAAUCUAAUACAAUAAUUAUAUUUCAAAUGGGUAUUGUAACUAACAAAUCACUUCACCAGUUGUGUUCCAAAACUAUGCUCGCUACAAAGAAGUAGUUCAGUAUUUUGUAGGCAAUUUCUGCACCGAGAUUUUUGGCAGUAAAGUGCUCAAAAUACACAUUGUUGUUUAAUAUGUUUCGGAUACCCCCAAAAAUUGGGUCCGAGCAUUCGAUUUGUACACAGUUAUGUAUACAAGGGUUAUCAGCCCUGAAAAUUGUAUAUGAAAUAUAGCUUCUAUUUUCAAAUCAUGUUGUAAUAGUGAUAACAGUGUUGUAGAUGAGUUCUCACUGUUGCUUUGGUGAUGCGUACAGUCAUUGUGGCUAGGACAAUUACUGUUUAUUGCUGCAAAAACCGGCAAAGUUUUUGGAGUAUUUUGUGAGUGGUUUUUUUGGGUGGGGGAAGAAUUACCGAAAAGAUCUACAUUUGCAAAAAUGAAUAUUGUGAAGAAGUACUUUUUGAGAUGUUGGUUGGAAGAACCGAAGGAAUUUUUAUUGUCCACCAAAAUCAAAAUCAUUGAAAUUGGAAUUUUGAAAGAUAUUUUUGUAAACUGGUGCAAAAAAGGUUUAGGAUUAUAGUACAAAUGAAAGGGAUGGCCAGAUUUGGCUUAUUAAACACUCAUCCUAACUCAUCAUAAACUUCAUCCUAACCUUUAUCUUUAAUGCCAGGUGCCUGGUGAGAAGGCAGUUUGUAACAUAAUUUAGGUUUAACUUAUGGGUCUGUCAUAGUCCUUUAGAAUUUUUCAACAUCACUCUCAUUUCAUUGUUUCUGGCACGAUUUCAACACAACGUACCUCAAAUGGACCUUUAGUUUCUGUCGCGCACCUGUAUUCUUGCACAAUUCACUCCAAGUCCUUCCAUGAACACUCCUGAAAUCGCUCGCCUUUGCAAAAAAACACUCCCAUGCAAAAUUCAUUGCAGACCGUGAAGUUGUCAUGGAUGAAAGCAGCCCUACAUGCACAUGAUCAAUCAUAAAACAGUGUUACUUGAAUUUCUGGUCUGAGACAUGGUCAUGAAUAAAUUUUGCAUGUUGGAAUUUUCACAAUUUCACAAUUUUGAUGUUUUUUCAGGAAGUUUGUGGUCGUUGUGAUGUUGGGAAUGAAUUAAAAUUAGCAACAAGAUAUAAGGAUUGAAGUAGGUUUGAAAAUUGUCGAAAUGAGAGAGAUAGGACACUGACAGAACCAUAGCUUGUGUGUGACCAACCACUGAGCGAGCCAACACUAGCCUUGAAUGUUAGACCUACUGUUCAUGAGGCGAUGCCUUUACCACUAGCCCAUUGGUGGCGAUAUUGAUAUUGGGUGAUAUAAAUAAAGACCAGCAAAUGCUUUUAUCUAAAACUCCAUGGCCUUUCUGUACAAAAUUAGAGUGAAAGCAUUUGCCAUGUUUGCUAGUCUUUAUUCAUAUCACCAAAUGAUUCUGAUAAGAUAUGUCAUAAUAAGAUAAUCAUAGUUCAAAUCGUCAGUCUUUAUCUUUAAAUCUUGAGUCUUUAUCUUCUGGAAUGGAAGAAAUAGAAGCUUUACUGACUUCAAUUUGUUAUUUAACUCGAUUUCUAUGUAUAUGUACUAUUUUAUGUCUUGAUACCAAGAUGAAAGUAUUUAUACAUUUAUAAUAUAAUCAUCUGAAGCAAAAAUCAACCAUUUCAUCACCCCUGAAAAUCUCCAUGUAAUUGCACAGCUUUUAUAGGAGCAUUGAGCAGAUUUGUCUUGUCAAUCUCCAUAUAUUUAACUGAAAGCUAUCAUCUGUAAAAACAAUUAUAACUUUUUGACAAUAAGUUUAUGAUCAUAGUGAUAUGGCAAAAAAAUGUCAUGCACAAGGUCUCGACUUAGCAAAAGUUCAGUCCAUACCAACUUGAACUAACCUCAAUGUAUUUAUGCAUUACUAACCUGCUGACCUAGGUAAAUGUACACCUAAUAUUGCAAGCUCAUAAUGACAUCACACAGACCACAAGUUACACAGGCUCGAAUCAUUACUCUUCAUUACAUAAAAGAGGAAUUAACUGUUACUAAAAUCAUUGGUCUCUUGUUUGACAUUGCCUCUGGUGUGCAUAUGGUGCAGAUGUCAGUCCGGAUCAUUUGUUACCGUGGACUUGUUCCAUGUUUCUACACGUGUUGUAGCAACUGCAUGGUAUGGAACCUGGCCAUUUAGUUUGAGCGUCCAUUUAGGGAACCUUAUACAAUACUGUGGCAUCCGUUAGUCGAGUACGUUUUGUAACCGAUGAGGCUAGAUGAGGCUAGGCUCUGUUGAGUGGCAAUGCUUGCAGCUGAAUGAUUUAUGUGUGUUGUCGGAAUGAUGUCAGUUAGUCACAAGCAUUGUUCAAACAAUUUUAAUCAGAACACCACAAGACUUCCUCAGGAAAUGACGUGAUCAUCGUUGAUUGUCAAUGUUGCUGAUGUUGUCCAGAUUUUGCGGGCGAAUUUACUUGUGAAAACAGAAUAUUUGGACGAGGUGUAAUAAUGUUUUGAAGUGACCAACUCGCAUCCGAUUGUGACCAAUGAUUCACUUGGGCAUGGUGGCUUCCGGAAAAAAGUUUAGGUGGGUAAAGUAGGUUGCCCUAUUCAGACUUACACGAGUGCUAUUGUCAUGUGUGCACCAUCUAUGAUUGACAGGCAGGAUAUCGUUUGUGCUUGCCAUUUUAGAUGGAUGGCACCAUUUUAGAUGGACGGCAUUAACCCUCCACCAACAAAAAGGAUGGCUGCUUUUAACUAGCAUGACCAUGUUUAGCUGUUUUUGCCUUGCAUCCUGAUGGAAACAAUUCAACUGCAGAUUGUGGGAAAGGUUAAUUGGUCUGCAGAUACAGAUACCUAAUCUGCUUACCCAAAACUGAAGCUGCUGAAAGGGCCAGUAUUAAAAACUACAAUCACUUAGUGUUUGUUUCUUGUUGGUGAUGAUUUCAAAGUUGAUCUACUUUUUUAAGAACUGGGACUCUGGAUUGAAUGGUGAUUAUUAAUUGCAAAAUAAUUAUAAAAAAACAAUGCAUGGUCUAAUUUCCAUAGAGACAGUUUUGUGUUUUCAUGAAUUACGGGGAAUGGUUUAUUCUUUGAAGCAUACUACAUGUAUCAAGUCAUAAUGCAUAAUAGUAGAAAUUCAAUUCCACAAGGCCGCGAUUAUAUCGAGUGAACAUUUUCACAUGUAAUGCUAUUCACUUUUGACUUGAAAAACGAACAAUUUGUUUCCUAAAAGUGGGCCACAUGUUAUGAUUCAUGAUGUCACUUUUCACCUUCACAUCAUGGUUUCAAGCCAGGGUUGGUUAUUUGUGACCAGUGAAACAUAACAAGUGACAGUGUAAAUCCUAUGUAUCCCUGGCCUAAAAUUCAUUACACUCAUCAGAGCUCAUUAAUUGCUCUCCAAUUUUCUAAAGAGACAAUAAUGCAAGCUAGUUUGCAAGAAAAUAAUUAUACUCCUCACCUGUACAGAGAAAAUUAAAAGUUGACAUGCAUGCAUUUUCUACUUGGUUAUUUGAGCCUAAAUCUUGCUUGCCGAAUAAUGGCUAGAGGUAUAUGAUUUCUCAGCUGCUGCUGCCCAGUGCAUCUUCAUAGCAAUAAUUCAUCGCCAGAUUACUACUUGAGCUGAUUAGCUUGCAUUGUUGACCCUUUCCCUGAGGAUGCUAGUUCAAUGCUAGUUCUUUGGUAUCUUAUUUUUACGACCAGAUUCAUGGCUUACAUGUAUGUGCAACUGUUUUAAUUUGCUUAAAAAAUGGAAUCCAAAGGUUAUUCAUUUUUUAGGCAAAUGUAAAAUUUUUAGGCAAAUGUAAAAUUUAUUGAAAUAAUAAAGUUUUUAUUAUAUA